AUGACGCUGGCUCAAGAUGGAAGCUCAGUGCAAGCAUGCAUCCCGCGUCCAACGACGACCGCCCCUGCAUCUCCCCCACCGACGUCGCUUCCACGAAACUUUGGCAUGAUCAUCUCCCGCGCUUUUGAGAUGCUAGACGUCUUCGGACCCCUGGACGCCCUCGGCAUGCUCGCGAGAAUUCACCAGCUCAACCUCUAUCUCAUCGCCGAGACGAUGGACCCGGUGACAGUCGAGCCGGUGUCUGCCGCCAUGAACUCCAAAAACUCGAGUUUCUUCCCCAAAAUCCUCCCGACGCACACCUUCGCCACCGCCCCGACCGACAUCGAGGUGCUCAUGAUCCCAGGCGGCCUCUGGACGCGCUCGCCCAACCUCGACUCUACCAUCUCCUACGUGCGCGCCACGUACCCGAGGCUCCGGUACCUCGUCAGCAUCUGCACGGGGGCCUCGAUCGCCGCGCGCGCGGGGGUGCUCGACGGGCGCCGGGCGACGACGAACAAGGCCUCGUGGGCGAGUACGAUCGCGUACGGCCCGAACGCCACCUGGGUCCCGAAGGCGCGGUGGGUUGUCGACGGGAAUGUGUGGACGUCGUCGGGGAUCAGCGCGGGGAUCGAUGCGACGCUGGCGUUUAUACAGGAUGUGUAUGGGCGGGAGAAUGCGACGUAUAUUGCGGAUUUGAUGGAGUAUGAGUGGCAUGAGGAUUCGGCGUGGGAUCCGUAUGCGGAGAAGUUUAAUGUUACGGGGAGUUGA